UCGACCCGCUGAGUUCCUCCAGCAGAUUGUGCGUUGCUCCAGAUCUGCAGUCUCCCUCGUGUCAUCACUAGAAAUAUACAACAAACUUUGAAAUAACGUUCGGAGUGUUUCGUUAAAUCCAGUCAUGACUCUGAUCUCUUCCUCCACUUGGGGUUUCUGUUUUGCUGGUAUUUCCAACCCCAUUCUCGCCGCCCCUCCUCCUGUGUCGUCGUUCACCAGUUUUCGCCCAGUUGCUACAAACUUCGUUCGUGAGCUGCUGCUUGGAAGCGUUCUGCUUCGCAGAGUGGCGAGCAGUAGACACACACACGCUCCCAACCAAGCGGAAUAGCUCGGCUCUGCCAUUUCUACUGGUCUUGUUGACUGUUUACUCUGGUUCAGGUGCUGUCACAUGAUGUUCUGACCCUUUCGUGCUCUCGCUCUCUCUCUCUCUCUCUCCAACUCGCUCAGUGCACUGACGUGUCCCGUGAGAUUGCAGUGCGAUCCGGGAACUGCGAACAGGGGGGUUUAUUUGCAGUCCUCGGCUCGGCGGCUUGCGUUUCUUCCCCUCGUCCCCCACCUCUACACAAACGAGGAAAGAAGGAAAUCCUUCCUACAGCGAACGAGAUGGAAGGGAACGCGUACGGCGCAGCCAUGGCGGGCGGGGCGUUUGAUCUGAAGAACUUCUUCCAGCAGCCGUAUGUUAUCGCUCGGAUCUUAAGCUGGAUCUUCUCGAUAGUUGUGUUUGGUUGCAUUACCAGCGAGGGUUAUAUGAAUCCAACAUCGUCCGGCAAGCUGAAGUGCAUCUUCAAUGAUAAUGAGGAUGCCUGUCAUUAUGGUGUAGGCAUCGGAGUGUUUGCAUUUCUCAUCUGCAUCGCCUUCUUUGUUGUUGAUGUCUACUUCCAUCAGAUCAGCAACGUUAACCAACGCAAGCACAUCGUUAUGGCUGACCUUGGAAUUUCAGGUCUCUGGACCUUCCUGUGGUUUGUUGGCUUUUGUUUCCUCACCAAUCAAUGGGUGUCCAGAAUUAGCCUGCCAACCAUAGGGGCAGAUAGUGCCCGGGCAGCCAUCGCCUUCUCCUUCUUCUCCAUUUUUAGCUGGGGCCUGCUGACGAUUUUUGCCUACCAGAGGUAUCAGAUGGGCGUGGCCGACUUCUCCGACAGAUACACGGAUCCAUCGAGUGAAUACCCGCCGUACCCCAACGUUGCAGAAAACUACCAGCAGCCUCCGUUUGGUAACACAGCCCAGCAAGGCACCGAUGAAUACCGCCCACCCAUGUACUAACCCCACUGGGUCCCCUCCCAGCGGCUGCUCCAGAAUGUGAGCCAAACUGAACCACGCAGUGAUGAGCAGGAAAAGCCACUGUUGCCACAAACUAAGUUUUCUUCCAAUUUAAGGAUGUGACUUUUUUUUUCUUCCUCUGCUUUCCCCCUUGUUGCUGUUGUUUCCCCUGACUUUAUCUGGACUUCUUGCACCCCCCCCCCCCCCCCCCCCCCCCCCCCACUCCGCAAAGCAGCGGAUGUUGUGCUGAGCUUCCUCUGACACCGCUGGUCACCAAGAGGUGGGUCUGAGUGGGAGCCCACUGAGUCAACACUCCCGUUCUGUUGUGAGAGGAGAGGGGGGUAUGGGAUGAAACGACCAUUGCACAGCCCAGAACCCCUUCCCAGUGAUAGUCUUUCACUACAAGAUCCUUUUCAUCCAAAUGUAUAAUUUUUUCCAAGCAGAGAUUUGUCAUCAAAUUGCUUCUGAUUUCAGGUGCACUAAAUGAGUAAAUCCCAAUCAGCAGCGAAAGGUUGGCAUUGACCAUGGUUUGGGUGUUGUUGGUAGUAGCUGGUUUUAAUCUGGGUUAAUGUGAUCUGGUAUCAAUCAUUAUGAUAACAUGAUAAUGCCAAGGUAAGACUGAACUCAUGGUUUCUUAGCCAUUCUUUUCUUUGUCUUUAAUUGACUAAGUUUAAGAGCAGUUUCUGUAUACUAUCUGACUCCCACUCUUCAUGCUGUAUACCUAAUUUUCAAAUGUCAGGAAUAGUGGUACUUAUCUCCAUGAAGCUACCCUGUUUCCACUUGGGUUGCGCCAGUUUUAAGCACCCUCACUCUGAAUUUAGUGAGGCCACCAUCAGUGCCAGCUGUCCAGGGAAAGGAGCCUGGUCCUGGUGCCAUUAGAGGUACCAAGCACUCUCCUCUGGGUAUCAUUCUAUGAAGUGCCAACUGCACUUUGCUUCAGAUUGUCAGAACCCAGCCCGCUCUUGAAUCAAGAGUGAGCUUUUAGAAGCGUCAGUGUGCACAGAUCUCCCACGGUUGUGUGAGAGGUUUUUGGGCCAGGUUUGGUGCAUGAGAUUACCAUGCACUGUGUCUGCUUGAGCAUUGCUCUGUUAUUGCUGAAUGUGAACUGUGAAGGGACUGACCUUUGCAUUUGUAGACUCGGAACCUUUACACAGUAGUGAGAAACUACUACCUAGUGAGCAUGAGCUUCAAGUCAGCAUCUCUCAACGCUAAGUGAGUAAAUCCCACACUGUACAGAAACUGGUGCUGUAGACCAUGGUUUGGGCUUGGAGCCGUUCUUGGUAGAAGGUGUAAACCCUGGUUUUUAAUGUGACUGCAGUUAUACAGGGAGAUCCCACAUGGAUGUUUUAACCAGGUGUUAAAAGUGGGAGAGUGUUUCAUCCUCUCCAUGAUGCCCUCAGUUUUAAAGUGAGGGAAAAGGAAAGCUUAAAGAUAGAACAAGAGUGAUUAUGUAGAAGUGAUUGGCAAACAUUGCUUAUCAUUAGCCUAGGAUGUGUGAAACGAUGUCUGCAGUUAAGAGAGAGGAAUGUUGGUAGCGACGAGUUGCUGCAUUGUCUCUGUGCAGUGGAAAGUUAGUGGUCUGUAUUCAAUCCAUCCAAUGACGCUAAUCAAUUAAAACAAAAAUAAACUAAAUUUUUGACAUUAGUAGAUUAUUAUAAGUGCAUCUUCUAAUAAUCUGGCACAGGAACCUGUUUCUUAAGAAGUAUAUUAAGUUCAUGUCUUUACAAGAACAUUUCUUUACAAAUCCAUUGUGUCUUAAAUGAAGCAUUUCAGGGACCUAAACCCUGACGCCUUCAUUUGCUCUGCGCCCUGAACCCUCUACCUCUCAUUCACUUGGUACUCUAAACCCUGACCCCCUCACUUGCUCGAGUUUCAUAUUAAGAGUGUGACGUGUCUGGAGUUUUGAAAUCCAUCUCCUAAGCUUCUGUUGGUCUCUAACGUGCAUUCAGGGUGGAUAUGUUCGGAAGGAUUCUGUCAUUUCUUCCUGUCCUGAUUCUCCUCGUGCUUAUCUAGCCUAAGCAGGCACCAGCCCUAGGUUCUGAUCAGUUCACUGUUCUCCUCUCAAGGAUUUAAAAGACAGAAUCUAUUAUCAAGUUCUCCUUGUGUCCCAUUGUAGCUCAGUAGAAACUGUUGAGAUGGGGUAAAGCAGUAUCUAUGAAAUUUCUUCUUGUCUUUCCAAAAAUGCAACUGUCAAAGUUCCCUUGGGCAUUCGAGAGAGAUUGCAGGCAUAAGCUCAUACACUUUCAGCCUGUGAAAAGGAGAUUCCAUUCAGCAACCCUAAAGUUCACAAGAUAAAGUCUAGAAAUGUUGGGCCAAAUAAGUGUGUUGGAAGUUGAGGUUUAUGUCAAUUUCUAAAGUCUCUGCUCCAUAAAAUUAGACAUAACCAUUGGAAAAAGUCUGUGGGAAAUUAUUUCCAUCUCAUCAUUCGAAACUGUGAUUAAUUUACUUAUCCUAUGAAUUGUGUCCUUGAUAAAAUGAAUCCCAAAUGAAAGAACUGUUGAUAAACACCAAAUAUUACAUACAUUUAUAAUAACCAAAAAGUAAAUGCAACAAGUUGUUGGUCUCUGUGUUGUGCAUCCCUCAGGAAUUGGUGUGUGUGUCACCCUUGUGCUGUGGAUCCCUUGGGAAUUUCUGCUGGAAACUUUGAGCAGCUGAACCUCCACUGGUUGUGGUUUGGUUUAUCGUGCAGUUGCAUUCUUAAUAAGAGGGAACACAUCAAGUAGUGCUGGAAGUGAACUCUUUGAUAAGCUGGGGCUUGAAUCUUUCACAGCUAUAGUUAUUUAUUUCUAAUAAGUGCUUGGAUAAGGUGCUUAGUUUUAUUAAUACGGCAAUAGGGAUUAUAAAGAGUGCGUAUUUACUGCACACCUAUGAGAUUCUUUGCAGAUUUUCAAGAUCAUUGGUGCACUUCUAGGCACCUGAAUUAUGUUGGAUAUUGGAGCACAGUGAUUCCUUGUUUGCAGGUAUGUGGCAUGAAUCCCAUCCUGAGCAAGCACUGACCACACUGUGUACGUAGUUCCACUUAACAAAAGGGGAAAUGGGUAAGUCAUGUUAUGGCUGGGUUAAAAACCUAGCGAAGCUAGUGGCUGUGGAUAGUGGGGAAUCCAGUUGGAGAUUAACAUCUAAUUGCAUGGCAUACAAGGAGCCUUCUGUUUUAAAGACCUGGAGAUUUUAAUGAGUAGUUCAUAACCGCUCUUUGUUAUGGAGGAGUUUGGAGUUGGGAGAGAUGUUCCAUCUUUGUAUUUCUGCCCCCAUCACUCCCUUCCAGGUUUUCCUGGUGUUUCAGCCAAUCUUCACCUCUCAACCAACAACAUGUACUGAUCUGGCUAGUUACACUGCUCUAUGUGCAAGCUCUCUGAUUGGUAUCCUGUAUUACAGCUAUGAAUAUAUUUUAAACUGCACUUCAUUGUCUGUAAGGCAUUUUUGGAGAUACAGCUAGGGCUGGAGCUGUGUGAACACGUUAUAGUUUUUAAACCCAGAUCAGAUGGGCAGCUUGUGGGAGACCAAUAUUGCUGGAGGUCACAGUGACUCUGCUAUAUUCAAGUCUUGCAGCACAAAAGUGCUGGUGGUGAAACUUGUCAGCUGAUAUUGGUGUCACAAUCUUGUUCUUUAUUUGCAUCAGGAACAAAAGCUGGCUUGUAAACUGAUUCGUUCACAUGAAUUAGGCUAACUGUUCACCUCCCCUCUCCACCUCACCCACCAGUGCUAUAGAAAGCUGCACCCACAUAAUAGUGUCAAUAUCAAGUUGUGUAUGUUCGCUGGCUGGACUAUGUGCAUUGAUUAACAGAAAGAUCAAAUUGAUCAACUCUGUAAAUAGUUCCAAAAUGUUCAUAUUGUUCUGCAUAAAAGCAGAUAGUGCCAUAAUCAAAGGUGGAGGCUUGGCUGAGAAAGGAUUAACUUGCCCACUUUGUGUUCCUGCAGCUCUCACACUUCCCCGUUUUGAUUCAAGUAUGGUUUUCACAUCUACUCAGAUGUAUUUUUGUGCAAAGUAAUCUCAGUAAAACAGCAGGCCAACCACGGUGGACUCUUGGGGGAAGGAAGAUAGCUGGAGCAUGCACACUUCAAAGCAGUGCAACUGUUUGGGGAGCUGGGAAAGGUCAAUUAGUUCUUCCAGGCAUCGAAAUGAUCUGAUAACUGGGGAGGGUGAUAAUUUCAUUUAGAAUUUUUUUUGUACCACUUUAUAUUUGCAACUGCAUUAAUAACCAAGAUCACUUUUGUAAAAGGAUUCUUUUGUAUUCUUUGUACUGUAUAAACUACUGAAAUGGGGCUUUAUAUGAUGGGGUAAUGCUUUUGGUUCACUGUGGCAUAUGCUGAUUGAAUGUAAAGAAAAUCAAAUUCUAACACAUUUGGCACCAUGUGCAGGGGAAGGUGUUGUCUAAUGCAUUUAAAUAUUUGCUGCAAAGUGCAAGUUGAAAAGAUAUCAGGUUGGAGCUAUUUGGUCACCCAGUCAAGGGAUAACAAGGCUAAGUUUGUUUGCUUGCUAGCUUAAGGCAGAAUCCCUGGUUGGAGCUGAGCAGGAUAGUGUGCGACAGGAUGGAAUGGAUCUGAGGAUCAGUCAUGUGCCCUACUGUUCAGUAAUGCCAAAUGCUAUUUCUAAAGCCUCUGACCUAUCACUGUUCAUGUGUGUGAGGUAUAUGCCUUAUAUUGAUUUCAUAUGUAACAAGGCAGAAAGAAUGGUUUGUGCCUAAGUAUUUAUAUGUCAAUGCAAAAUGGGCUAUUAUUUAAAUAUGAACUUCCUAUUUGAGUGUGAGAAAUAACUGAGGAUCCAAAAUGCUAUGGCUAGAGGUGACCUAGUUUAAGCUAAUACUGAGCAUUUGCACUGCACUCAGUCUGGUUAUUACCCAGUACACCUGCCUUGUAUAUAACAUGCAAAGUGGUGAAAGUCUGCUUUAAGCUUGCCAUUAGAAGUCUCUGCUGGUUUUGCUUCAGGUUUAGUAGACCUCCAUUUACUGCUGCUGGAACAUACAGUUGUAUGGGCUUUGACUAUACCCAACCCUGUACAAUGGUGCCAGGCAGGAGCUGGUGCUUUCAGGAUAGGGCAAAAUAAGAUUAUGUUUAAUUCACGUUAUAAUAGAGCAUUACAUUUUAAUGACCUUGUUUAUUUGCCAAGGUGGCAGUUGUUUAAAAAUAUGUACACCAAAAUCAUGUGCUAUACUUAAACAUCAAUGUCUGAACCAAAGAUUUAAUUUACUAAAGAAUGUUGGAUAAACUGGCAAUGGAUCUUUUGAAACACCUUGGCACUUGUUGUAUCCCUUAUGCCUGUUUAUUGUCAAUGAAUUGUAGUAGAGCUCAUAGCACUGUAUAUCAUUGUGACUUCUGUUCAGAGUGAGGCUUCCAAAUAAAGCACACAAAAUGGUUACUGAUCAACAAUAAUUCAACCUGCUGUACCAAUAAACAUUGUUUUUGAAAGUAA